AUGUGCCUUCUGUUGCAGUGGGUGCGUGACCUGCAGCCUUUGGUCCAAGAUCAGCUGCUGUACGCAAGUGAACUCCCUUUGGCAGAGCAAGAGACCUUCCACGAUGUGCUGCGCAACAUUCUUGUGCCGCGCACUGUUGGCAGUCCGGGCCACAGGAAAGUACGACAGUUCCUCCAGCAGUCAAUGGAGCAACUCGACUGGCAUGUGGAGGAAGACAGAUUUGAAGCCCAACACCUCAUGGCAACAAGGUUUUCAGCAACAUUGUCGCCACCUUGGACCCCUCAGCCUGUCAUCGCCUGGUGCUGGCCUGCCAUUAUGACUCUAUGGUGGACAGAGGAGGUGUCCAUUAGACAACUUGAAAGUAUUGGCCGGACGUUCUGUCCAGAGCUGCCAAGAAAGACCUGCUGCUAA